CUUUCUCCAAAGCUUUGAUUGACUGUGACGCUAGUAUUACCCCCAGUACCCCAGUUAGAAACAUUGGCACCAAGUCCGACCCUGAUUUAUCAUACGGCUGCCGGGCUCUCUGAGAAGAACAUGCCACUGUCACCCGAGAUCCAGGACUUCAUCCAUGGGUUCAAAAAUCGCUGGGACCCGUCUGUGAAUGUAGCGUGCGAGCGCUUCUUCGAAACAUGCCAUGCAUCCUUUCCUCCUUCGGAUGCGACGCCAUCGAUUGCAUGUGAGAAAGAUGUCAAGUACGGGCCGGAUCCGCGACACCGGUUGGAUAUCUUCUGGCCCACCAAUGCAUCCACGACAAACGCGACCCUCCCCGUUGUCGUCUACUUCCACGGCGGUGCGUUCAAAGCGGGCGAUAACACUAUCACGCCGCACCUGCAUGCCAACAUUGGAAAAUUCUUCGCCGACAACGGCAUGAUCGGAGUCCUUGGAACAUAUCGCCUCCUACCGGACGCUCGGUUUCCAGACGGCCGGGACGACGUUGCCGCUGCCCUAACAUGGCUGCAUGACCAUAUUCACCAAUACGGAGGCGACCGCAACUCCAUUUUCGCGCUCGGGCAAAGUGCCGGCGGUGGCCAUCUGGCCAUGGCUCUAUACGCGGGGAGGCUCAUUUCCGACGAAGGCCGGAGCCUGGUGCGUGGGGUUUUGCUCCUAAGCGCCGCGUUGGAGUAUGAUCUGGGGAAGGAGGAGCGGCGCAGAAGCAUGGAGGCGUACUAUGGAACGAAUGACCAUGAGUUUAUCCACGCUCAUUCGGCUCUCGGUAUUUUUGAGAGGCUGUCUGACGAGGGAAAUGCGGCUGGGAGGACAACUCCCGAGCUCUUUAUUAUGCUGGCGGAGUGGGAUUUCGAGGAGUGUGUCCGAGGUAAUUUGGAUUUCCUGCAGGCUUACAAUAAGCAGCAGCGCCGUCUUCCGCGGUUCGAGGUACUGUUAGGACACAACCAUGUCAGCUACUGUUUAUCUAUUGGGCUACCGGGUGAUGAGGUUGGUCCGAAGAUCGUGGAGUGGGCGAGGCAGUGUUUGAAGAAGUGAGUGAGGUCUCCAUUUUAUUACGCUCAUGGAGUUCUACUCUGUGCACAAUCUAAAUGUGUCGGCACCAUUGAGUACAAAGU